AUGGAUGAGUACUCAACUAAUCCCUCCACCACUUCCACCGAACAGACACAGCCACCCUCCAAGAACCUCCCAAGAACCCAACAAAAGACGAUCACUCUCGCCGUCUUUCUCAUCACCUUCAUCUCCACGCUCCUCCUCCCACCUUCAUUAACUGUACUUCUCCGCAGCAGCCACAACUCCAACAAUAAGGACGAUCAUAGAACCCAUAAAACGCCACUUACCACCCACGAAGGCUCGUCCUCAACAAUAUUCAUCAAGAACGCCUGCAGUUCCACCCUCUACCCCUCUCUCUGCCUCUCCACCCUCUCCAAUUCUUCCUCCAUUAACAACACCAACAAUAACAGCAACGACAACAACGACGACGAAGUCGUAGCCUCCUUCCACCACCUUCUGCACUCUGCAAUCAACCAAACCCUCAACGUCGCCGUCGCUUCCCACUCCAGCAUCUCCUCUAUUUUAUCAGCAACCAGUGUAGGUACCCACUAUCAUCCUUCUAAUUUGAGUUCUCAAGAAAAGAACGUGCUCGAAGAUUGCUUGGACAUGCUCGACCAAACCCUAUACGAGCUAGCCCAAGCCAUCGACGAUCUUCGUAACUUCUCCUCCUCGCACGAUCAUCUUCCUAUGUGCUAUUGCAACCUCAAGACCCUUCUCAGUGCCGCCAUGACCAACGAGCACACCUGCAUCACAGGGCUGGAAGAACUCGCAGCAACCGAUUAUUCAGAUAUCAAAAUCAGUCCCAAUUACAUGGGUCUAAUACAAUACCUCCAAAACACGCUCACCCCAAUUUCCCAAACGAUCAGCAAUUGCUUGGCCCUUAUCAAAUACGUGGAAACCAAUCACAAUACACCAAAUUACUUCCAAGAACGGGAUCAGACCCGCCAAGAAGAUAUGCAGAUGCUGUUUACAAAAAUGCCAAGGGAUGGAUUCCCAACGUGGAUGACGGUAGGUGAUCAGAUGCUCAUGGAAAGGAUGGCAUUGCCGAAAAUGAAGCCGAACAUUGUAGUUGCCAGUGAUGGAAGCGGGCAGUAUCAGACUAUCAGGGAGGCUGUGAGAAUGGCGCCUAGCAGGAGCAACAAGAGGUUUGUGAUUCAGAUAAAGGCAGGAGUAUACAAUGAGAGCGUGGAGAUUUCCAGAGAAAAGGUUAAUCUAAUGCUGGUUGGAGACGGAAUGAAUUCAACCAUCAUAACUGCCUCUAGAAACUUUGCUGACGGCUUUUCCACCUUCACUUCAGCCACCUUAGGUGUGGACGGGGACAAGUUCCUAGCCAGGGACCUAACCAUCUUGAACACAGCAGGCCCAGACAAGCACCAGGCAGUUGCUGUAAGAGUGACCUCCAAUGCUGCCUUCUACCGCUGCAACUUCAGUUCGUACCAGGACACCCUCUACGCUCAUUCCCUCCGUCAGUUCUAUCGUGAAUGCACGAUCCAAGGCACUGUUGAUUUCAUCUUUGGCAAUGCAGCAGCAGUCUUCCAAAACUGCCUCAUACUCAUUCGCAGGCCAAUCCCUGGUCAGGAGAACAUCAUCACUGCCCAAGGCAGAGAAGACCCUAAUCAGAACACUGGCAUUUCCCUUCACAACUGCACCAUAGAAGCUGCACAAGACUUCACCAUAUCUGAGAGGGCAAAUGUUACAACUUUCUUGGGUCGACCAUGGAGGAACUACUCGAGGACAAUGGUGAUGAAGAGCUACCUAGGUGACCUGAUAAACCCACAAGGGUGGUGCAAGUGGGAUCAGUAUAGCACUCUGGACACCGUAGAGUAUGUAGAGUACAUGAACUUCGGACCUGGAUCCGAUACUAGAGGCAGGGUCAAGUGGGGAGGCUACAGAAGGAAUUGCACCGAGGACAUAGCAAAGCAGUUCACAGUGGAGGCAUUCUUCCAUGGCGCAGAUCAAUGGUUGGAUUCCACUGGUUUCCCUCACCUCCGUGAUCCAUAGAAGGGAUAAGGCUAGGACUCCUGGUGAAUCUAUACAUGUGCACACGCCCACAUCUCGUAACGAAAAUUACACUUGAAGCGUGUUUAUGUACAUGUGAGUGUUUCUUGGAUUUACCUGAUGAGAGAUGGGGCAUUGCAGCUCGUCUACAAUCUUUGGAGAUGCUUCUUCCCAAUCUUAUCUUUCCAUACUCUAGGCCCCUAGACUGCUUUUCAUGCACCAUGCACCGGAUUACUGAAAGGAGCAUGUUUACUUGGCAUGAGAGAAACACUUUUGUACUCGGAGGCUGCAUAAUGGAAGUGUACUUGAACUCCAAAAUCUCAUAGGCGUGGAUAGAUGAUUGAAAUUUAGACAAAACUUCCAAGUUCCACAA